AUGGACGAGCUUUUCGACGUCUUCGACGCUCAACCCGACGCGGAGCAACCCGAGUCGCAAAGCGAUCCCGAACCCGCUGAGCCUCCCAAGAAGUCUCGCAAGAAAGAAAAGAGCAACAAGCGUAAGGCCGACGGCGCAAUUAAGAACGGCGUUGCCGCUCAGCAAGAUGAUGCCGAGAUGCCUGACGCUGACGAGACCUCGAAAGACGGCCAUGAUGGUGAGCAAGCCGAGGACGCUGGUGCGACAUCAGACGAGCAGGAGGAGAGCCACAAGCGCAGGAAAAAAGAGGACGAGGCCCAGCCUGUCCUGACCGAUACCUUCCAGACUGCCCAGUCGAGAGAGGUUGCCGGUGCCGCGACGUUCACCCAGGCCCAGGACGAGUCACUUGUUUUGUCCCACAACAUUCAGCACCAGGUCGCCUUGCCUCCUGAUCUGGAUUACGAAUACGUUCCGCUCUCCGAGCAUAAGCCGCCUGCCGAGCCCGCGCGCAAGUACAACUUCAAGCUGGAUCCCUUCCAGAGCUUGUCCGUUGCUUCGAUUGAGAGAGAGGAGAGCGUGCUUGUCUCUGCUCACACCUCUGCCGGAAAAACCGUCGUCGCCGAGUAUGCCAUUGCCCAAUGCUUGAAGCGUAACCAGAGAGUCAUCUACACGAGUCCCAUCAAGGCUCUUUCCAACCAAAAGUACCGAGAUUUCGAAGCACUAUUCGGCGACGUCGGCCUCAUGACUGGUGAUGUUACCAUCAACCCUACCGCUAGUUGUUUGGUCAUGACCACUGAGAUUCUGCGUUCCAUGUUGUACCGUGGUUCUGAGAUCAUGCGCGAGGUCGCCUGGGUUGUCUUUGACGAGAUUCACUACAUGCGCGACAAGACCAGAGGUGUGGUUUGGGAAGAGACUAUCAUCCUGCUUCCCGAUAAGGUUCGCUAUGUUUUCCUGUCCGCCACCAUUCCGAACGCCUUCCAAUUCGCAGAAUGGAUCGCCAAAAUCCACCACCAGGCGUGUCAUGUUGUCUACACCGACUUCCGACCUACUCCUCUUCAGAACUAUUUCUUCCCCGCUGGUGGCAGUGGUAUCUUCUUGGUUGUGGACGAGAAGGGCGUGUUCAGAGAAGGCAACUUUCAAAAGACCAUGGCCCUGAUCGAGGCGGGCAAGGGACAAGACCCCAACAACGCUAGUGCAAGCUGGAAGGGCAAGGGAGCCAAGAAGCAGACCCAGAAGGGCGGAGCUGCGGCUGAUAUGAAAGCCGACAUCUCCAAAAUUGUCCGCAUGAUUAUGCAGAAGAGUUUCCAUCCCGUCAUCAUCUUCAACUUCAGCAAAAAGGAGGUCGAAAAUUUGGCUUUACAGAUCUCUCAUUUCCAGUUCAACAACGAUUCGGAGCAGGCCAUGGUCAAGACUGUCUUCAACAACGCCAUUCAGAGCUUGUCCGAAGCCGACCGCGAGCUGCCUCAGAUCCAAAACCUGCUUCCUCUUUUGCAAAAGGGAAUCGGUGUGCAUCACUCUGGUCUCCUGCCUAUUCUGAAGGAGACCAUCGAGAUUCUCUUCCAAGAGUCCCUCAUCAAGGUGCUUGUCGCAACUGAGACCUUCUCUAUUGGCCUCAACAUGCCUGCCAAGACCGUUGUCUUCACCCAGGUUACCAAAUGGGACGGUACUCAGCGCAGGCCUCUCACACCGUCUGAGUACAUCCAGAUGUCUGGACGUGCUGGUCGUAGAGGCUUGGAUUCUCGUGGUAUUGUUAUCAUGAUGAUUGACGAUAAAAUGGAGCCUGACACCGCUCGCGCUAUUGUUGUCGGCGAGCAAGACCGUCUUAACUCCGCCUUCUACCUUGGCUACAACAUGAUCUUGAACCUGCUGAGAAUCGAGGCUAUUUCCCCCGAGUUCAUGCUUGAGCGCUGCUUCCACCAAUUCCAAACCGGUGCUAGUGUCCCGGCUCUGGAGCGGGAUCUCAUGGCCCUUCAGCAAGAGAGAGACAACAUGUCGAUUGCUGACGAGGCCACCGUCAAGGAUUACUACAACCUGCGCAACCAACUGGAGCAGUACACUAGCGACAUGCGUGCAGUUAUCCAACAUCCUGAGCAUUGCACUGAUUUCAUGCAGCCUGGUCGUCUGGUUCGCAUUCACGAUCCUAAGAAGACCAACAACACCAUUGGUGGCACCGACUUCGGCUGGGGUGUGGUUGCAAACCUGGUGAGGCGCCAACGCAAGCCCACCGAACCCGAAUACCCUCCUCAAGAGUCUUGCGUCAUUGAUGUCAUGAUGGUUGUGGACCAAAAGAGCGCCCCUAUUGCCGAGGGUGCCAAACUGGCUUCUGGAGACCUCCCUUCGGGGUUAGUCCCUUAUCCCAAGCCAGAACAGCCUGAUAACGGAGCUCGCUUUGAGAUUGUCCCGUGUCUGUUGACUUGCGUCAAGGCAAUCAGUCAAAUCAGAGUGUUCAUGCCAAAGGACUGCAAGACGCAGGCGGCUCUUCAGGAAGUCGGCAACUCUCUCCGAGAGGUUCACCGACGCUUCCCCGACGGACUCCCCAUUUUGGACCCCGUUGAGAACAUGGGAAUUAAUGAUGACGCAUUCAAGGGCCUGAUGAGGAAGAUUGAGAUGUUGGAGGCGCGUCUCCUCACCAACCCUCUCCACGGAUCACCAAUGCUUCCCCAGCUGUACCUUCAAUAUCGUGCCAAGGAGAAGUUGGGCGAACAGAUCAAGGCCAAGAAGAGGGAGAUAGCGAGACUUCACAGCAUUGCUCAGAUGGACGAAUUGAAGGCGCGCAAGCGUGUCUUGCGCCGUCUUGGUUUCCUCAACGAGUCCGAGGUUGUCGAGCUCAAGGCUCGUGUUGCCUGCGAAAUUUCAUCUACAGAGGGCCACGAGCUUGUCCUUGCCGAGCUUCUGUUUGAUCGCUUUUUCAAUGAACUGUCUCCCGAGCUCAUUGCUGCGACGCUCAGCUGCUUCGUCCUCGACGAGAAGCUCGAGACCGCUGCUCUGCGCGAGGAGCUGGCCAAGCCCUACCGUGAGGUCCAGGCCAAGGCCAAGCAGGUCGCCAAGGUCAGUCGCGAAAGCAAGCUCGAGCUUAACGAGGAGGAAUACCUGGCCGGCUUCAAGUGGCAGUUGAUGGAGACUGUCUACUCCUGGGCUCAGGGCAAACCGUUUGCAGAGAUCUGCAAAAUGACCAACGCUUACGAGGGUUCCCUCAUCCGCCUCUUCCGCCGCCUAGAAGAGCUCCUGCGCCAGAUGGGCCAGGGUGCGAAGGUCAUGGGCAGCGACGAGCUGACUCAGAAGUUCGAAGACAGUCUCGCCAAGAUCCGCCGUGACAUCGUUGCGGCCCAGAGUUUGUACCUCUAA